ACCUCGUGGAACAACCACAGCAGUCGGGCAGCGGGGCGGGCGAGCCGCGCGGAGGGCCUCCUCCUCCGACCAGGUUGAUCGAUCGCCUUCUACGUAGAGAGCGAGAGAGACGUCCCUGCGAAUUACCGUCUUCUCCUUGCCUCAACCCCAUCCCCCGUGGGGCGGGAGGAGGCGCGUGGCGGAGGGUCGAUUGAUAAGAUUGGGAGAGAUUGGGAGGGGAGAGAUGGGAGCGUCGCUCUCGAAUUUGACGGAGGCCGGGAGCGACGGGUCCGGCGGGCCGGGGUUGGGUGACAUCCCGGAGAGCUGCGUGGCCUGUGUGUUUACGUACCUGACGCCGCCCGAGAUCUGCAACCUGGCGCGCCUCAACCGCGCGUUUCGUGGCGCCGCUUCCUCUGACUCCGUGUGGGAGCCCAAGCUGCCCUCUACCUACCCCCAGCUGCUGUCUCUGCUCCCGCCCGAGACCGUCGGCCACGGGAGUCCCCUGUCCAAGAAGAAGGAAAUUUUCGCCUUCCUAUCGCGCCCUAUCCCCUUUGACGAGGGCACCAAGGUGCUCUGGCUAGACAGAGCCACCGGUGGAGUGUGCUUGUCGGUCUCCGCCAAGGGCAUGACCAUUACCGGGAUUGAGGACCGGCGAUACUGGAGCUGGAUUCCCACCGAAGAAUCAAGGUUCCAGGUGGUGGCAUAUCUUCAACAAAUAUGGUGGUUUGAGGUCGAUGGCUUAAUAAAAUUUCCAUUCCCUGCUGGAGUGUACAGCCUAUCAUUUAGACUGCACCUCGGAAGAUUCUUUAAAAGGCUGGGGCGGCGUCUAUGUAAUUAUGGCCAGACUCAUGGUUGGGAUAUAAAACCGGUACGAUUUGAGCUUUCGACUUCUGAUGGUCAGCAAGUUUCACGUGAAUGUUGCUUGGAUGAGCCUGAAAAAGAUGAUAUGGGAAACCAUAAGCGUGGUUGCUGGAUAGAUUACCAUGUGGGCGACUUUGUGGUCACUAGUUCCGACACAGUGGAGUUGAGAUUUUCGAUGAAGCAAAUCGACUGCACGCAUUCUAAAGGGGGGCUCUGUGUAGACUCUAUAUCGAUCAUACCAAGUGGAUUGAGACAUGGGAAGAAGAGUUUAUAAACUAAACUGACUUUAGACAGACAUAUGAGAGUUAAUUGUUCCAAGAGACUCCGAUGCAUGACAAUAGCUGUAAUGCUUUUAGUGGGGAUCUAUUCGUCAACGCCUGUCGAGGCUGGUUUUUCUCGGUGCUCUGUAAUCUGCUACUAUACCUGAUGCUAUCUCAUAUUAUGUGCACAUAAAAUCAGGUAAAUGAGUUUUUGUUUUGUUUUUUUAGGAUGUGUAAAUUUGGCAUUUUUUUGUGAAAACUUUGCUCGACAAUACAUAUGGUAUUGUGAGAUCUGGACCGAUGGAAAGAGUGGUAUUGUGAGAUCUGGUCCGAUGGAAAGAGUCUGCUCGUAGAACUAUUAAUAGAGCAUGGUUAUCAAUCAAUUGUUAGUCUGAUAAA